AUUUCUGUGUUGUCACUGUGCAGUAUCAUGAUGGCAAAUGGUACAAUUUCUGAACUUUCAUGGAGACAAAUCAGCAUUAUCAAUGGUGAAGGACCAUACAUUGGUAUAGUGGUGCCAAAUUCCUUUGAGUUGGAUCCUCUUCUUCGUUCAUCAAGCUUUCAGCCUCAUCACAACUUUNCUUACUUCAAUUAUGCAGGAAAACAUUUUUGUAUUGGUGUAUUGGAAAGUAAAAGGGUUGUAGUUGUUAUGUGUGGAUUGGGAAUGCUAAAUCCAGGCAUUUCAACCCAGUUGUUGCUUACUUUAUUUGAUGUGAAAGGAGUUCUUCACUAUGGAAUUGCAGGAAAUGCUAAUCCUAAACUCCAUAUUGGAGAUGUCACUAUUCCACAAUAUUGGGCACACACAGGACUUUUGCAUUGGCAGUUUCAGUGA